AUGGUGCUCGAAUCCGCUCCUCUGCCGACUCACCUCCUCCACUAUCUCCUCACGCUGGGAGUGGCCGCGCUUCUCAGCGUGGUGGCGUUCAACACGCUCUCCCGUCCUCGCGACUUUCUUACCGCGUGUGGAGUCGCGCUGACAAAGGUGCAGCGGACAGCGGCGGAGAUCGAGCGGAAGACGUUCCACAUCGCCGGGCUCCUCGUGCCAACGACCCACCAGUUUUUGCUCGCCAUCGGCUUCGAAAAUAUUGCUUGCGUCCAAAUCUGUGUCGUCAUCACGGUGGUCGGCUGGACGCUCGACCUGCUGCGAGUGGCUUUUCCCGGCGGCGUCAUCGCGCGUAACUGGCCGCUCGCUUCGCUGCUGCGCGAGUCCGAGCGACAAAGGCUCACUGGGGGAUGCUACUUUUCUCUCGGCUGCACCCUCACGAUCGCCUUUUCGCCGCCGUCGAUCGCCACCGUUUCGAUGCUCUUUCUCAUACUCGGCGACAUGUCGGCCGCCAUCAUCGGCGUCUCGUUUGGCGGAGAGACUUGCACCAUGCGACUGGGCCGACAGGGCAAAAAAUCGCUCGAAGGCUCACUCGCGAUGUUUGCCGUCUGCUUUGCCACCUGCUGCAGCGUCUUCCUGUCGGUCGAACUACGCGAGUACCCUGCCUUUGCCGGUGCGCUCGCAGCGACGCUGGUCGAGCUGCACGAGCCAUUCGGGAUCAACGACAACUUGACGAUACCCAUCAUCUCCUCGCUCGCAAUGCAAUGGGCCUUUUCGCGAGUAGCGGCUUGCGAUGCACCCGAGACGAUCGAGUGGGUGCGCGCGAUGGCCCAGCAGGCGGUUCACCACCCGGGAGGCUUGUAGACGUAGAGCGCGUGACGUGAUAAACGAAACAAACA